AUUUCAGACCUGGAAACAGUUAUGGAUAGCAUCCAAAACCUUCGCCAGCAGCUGGUCAGAAAGAAAGAAAAUAUCAUCAAGUCCAUUUAUUUGCACAAAGGCUUUGUAUCGGCUCUCUGGUGCUUGCCAACCGAAGUCCUAUCUCAAAAUUUUCACCACUGUUUACCGAAAAUUCAAGAAUUCAGUCAAUUGAAUACGCCGUCAGUAUCAGAAGCGCCCCUGUUGUUGACUGCAGUAUGUCGGCGAUGGAGGGAAGUUGCUGUGGCCAUGCCCAGUUUAUGGUGUAGACUCGCUUUGUCAGUUGAUCGCCAAGGCCAGUGGGAGUGGCAGAUAUUCCACUACAAGUCAUGGCUCAAGCGAUCACGAGGAUGCCCGCUUUCAUUAGAACUC